UUUUUAUGUAGGCCCUGCUACUUUAUGCAGAUCACUGCACAGCGCGUGUAUAAACAAACGACGUCGUGGGUGAAAGAUUUUGAGUGAAAACUAAAUUAAAUAACGCACAAUAAACAUUAUUGCCAUCUUUUAUGGUAAUUGUUUGUGCUGUUUGGAGCUUUACAAUCACCAUCCCCUUCUCAUGAAGAAAAGAGCAACAGCAUAACUUCCAAAACAAGAUCAUGGUUUUGUUUCAUUUGAAAAAGUAUCAUGUGAGUUUUUUAUUAUUAUUAUUCAGCAUUGAUUACGAACAGAUAUCAAAACUUUCAAAACUUGCAUUUCUGAGCUGUCAAAUAGAGACCAUGUGAGAUUCUGCGAAAUGCACAUUCAAAGAGAGAAAGACUCAGAGGGGUGGAGGAAAACAUCAGGGUGGAGUUUGUCUUCAGAUGGUGUUUGAAUGAAAACGCAAGUUUCUACACAUUCAAGAGAAACAGAGACGGAGAGCUGGACUGCAGCGUCCUCCUACAGACAUCUGAACAGAAGCUCACACUGACUCAACAUAAGCCACAGUGUAAUCUCCACUCGGAUUGAUUAUGCCAUCAAAAACAAACACAACAACAGCAAAGGAGAACAUCACUGAACAAACUGAGGAGAAGAAAGUGGAUGUGAGACACAACCAUCAUGUUAAAGAUCAAUGUGUGCCUGACUUUCAUGGAUGGAAGGAAACCAUAGACCAGACAUCAUUACCCAGAAACCUCAGAUUUGCAUAUCACAAUCAGAAGGUGCUGGGUGUUUUCACCACAGGGGUCAUUCCUGCAGGGACCCACUUCGGCCCGCUGCUCGGAGAACAUCUUCACCCUGAACAUUUGCCUGCAAACAUCCACGGAAAACACAUCUGGAUGAUCUUCUCAGACGGGCGAUUGCAUCACUUCUUGUCUUGUGAGGAUGAGAGAGGCAGCAACUGGAUGCGCUGUGUAAAUUAUGCCCCGUCUCCUUGGCAACAGAAUCUUUCCGCAUUCCAAAUUGGAAUGCAGAUUUACUUCUAUGCCAUGAAGGUUCUAAUGCCGGGGGAGGAGCUACUGGUGGGGCGGAGCCUAAACCCUGAACAGCCAAUGAGCACCAGCCUCAGAACUGCCUACCUAAAACAGCCACUUCCUACACACUCUCAUUCUCAGCAUAAAGAUCAAGUGAGGAGGAAAAAGCGAGGUUACACGGUCACUGAAAUCCUGGAUCUGGAUCGCCGGACUGAUCAUCACACAGAAGCUCUUCCCAACAAACCGCUUAACUCCAUCACACAAAAGAAAUAUGGGGAAAAAGUGACCAGAGACCUGCAGAAUCCAAAAUUACCGCCGUUUUUAAUGACUAAUGCCAUCUCUGAGGUCUCUUUACACUUGAAAAUGGCAUCUAGUGUAGGGAAGCAUGUAUACACCUCUGCUAUCCCACAGUCCUCUGUGCCAAUGUAUAUAUGGCCUGUUAUUCAAUACAUGCCGUCACAUCAGCCAGUGGGUUUGGGCCGAACAACGCCACACAUGUCCUAUAAUAUUCCACCAAUCCACAUGUAUCCAUCUCUCUUGCAUCCAACAUCCAAUAAGAAUCAUCUGUCAUUAGCGUUGACCAGUAGAGGUGACUCCAUAAUUAAAGUGACAGACUCUGUAAAGAGAGAAACGAAUCGGAAAGGCUCUACAAACCAACCGCCAGCCCUCACUAAAGCAACCGGUCCGUCUCCGACUGAAGUGGCCAGUGCUGAUGACAUCACAGCCCAGAGAGACUCAGCUGAGAUGGGCGUGGCUUCCUCGGGUGUCUCCGCCUCCGCCAGUCACAGCACAGAGUCUCAGGAUGGCCAAAAGCGACAGAUUGUAGGUUACAAGUCUUUACCGUAUCCAUUACAGAGACAGAAUGGAAAGAUCCAGUAUAAGUGCAACGUGUGCGGAAAGAACUUCAGUCAACUGUCCAAUCUGAAGGUGCACCUGAGGGUUCACAGCGGUGAGAAACCAUACAAGUGCAAUAUCUGCAGGAGGAACUUUUCCCAGCUGGCUCACCUUCAAAAGCACAUCCAGGUUCAUACAGGAGAGAAACCACAUGAAUGCCAGGUGUGUAACAGGCGCUUCAGCAGCUGCAGUAACCUGAAGACUCACAUGCGGCUGCACUCGGGCGAAUCCAAAGGUUUGAUCUGAGUGAAGGUGCAGCGAAGCUUGAGGCUGCCAUGGAGGCAGAGUCUAUCAAGAAGAUGUGUCAGGUG